AAAGUUCUUGGUGACCAGAGAGGGAGGAGGACGCAGGCAGCCGGUGACUCUCUAUUAACACUCUUAUUACAACCAUAUUAACACACUACUGACGCUUAUAUUGUCAAGGAACUAAUAAUAUAAGGAUGCCUCCCAACAAGAAAAGGUUUCAGCCCAAUUCCGGUGGCGGCGGUGGUGGCAUGAACCGGUCAAGAGGUGGCGGCGGUCUUGGAUACAGAGGUGGCGGUAACAAGGGCCGGGCAGGUUAUGGUCGGGGAGACAGAUAUAACCAGGGUGAUGGUUAUGGCCACAGCUACGGAGGGGGAAGUUCUGGAGACUAUGGUGGCAGGCAUGGUGGCCAGAUGUUGAACCCUUGGGAGAGUGGAGUAGUUCCCAUGGCAAACAGUGGGAACGUGAGUCAUGGGGGUUAUAUGCCCCAUGGUGGAGGUGGUGGUGGAGGUGGUGGAAGCCUUCUGGGAGAGUUCAGAGGAUCGUCAGACAUAGUUGGCUCCAUUAAUCACCUCAGUCAAAUGAAUAAUCCUGAAUCAAAGCUUGCAUUAAAUAUCCUGAAUGCAGUUUUGUCAAAAGAUGAAGGUCAUCAGAGUGGCUGGAAUAGUGGACCUCCAGUCAAUAAAAGGAGGCGUAUGGAUAUGGAUGGGGGUUAUGAUAGCCACCGAGGGCAGACAUAUGCUCCCCCAAUGCAUCAUCAGGUCCAGGUCCACAAGUUUCCUCAGCAAGAUCAGCAGUUCGGCCCUCGUCGGGCUGGCAACUUUGCAUCUCCCCGCCGUGGCAGGGGCGGCCGUUUCAUUGGCCAAGCUGGUCGUCAGAUGACGACACAGCAACAGUUUAGGAAGACAGUAACUGUCAAGAAGGGAAAGCCUAUCAAUAAUAAGGGCAAUGCCAAGGUCCAAAAGAAGAAAGGUGAGACAGCAUCAGGAGCAGCAACUGGGACAGCUGGUGGUCAGAAAGGAGAUAAAACUGAGGGUGGUGGCUCCUCAGCUACAGCUGACCCCAAACAGAGUGAUGAAGCAGAAAAAGAGGCAGGAAGUGGUGAGGAGAAUGCAGCAGAAGGGGAGGCAGGGAAAGAUGACCAGAAGACUGAUGACAAAACAUCUAAGAAAGUAGUAAAAGAUCACUCAACUCCCAAAGAAGCAUUGAGGUGUCAUUUCUGCCAAUUUUACAAGUUCACUUCUAUUAAGAGCUUCAGGAAUCAUCUGGAGAGCAAGAACCAUGAACAGAUGGAGCGUUCUUUCCAUAUGAAAGGUGUAUCUAUUCUUCAGUUCCUGAGGGCUCAGUCCAAGUUGGCUGCCCAGAGGAACCUAAUGAAGUUACGUAGGAAGGGUACAAAUGGACGCAUCAUGAAGUGUACCAAGUGUCAGUGCCCCUUUAUGGGAAGCCUUGCUGAACACACAAAAACUCGAGAACACUCUAUGGUCAGUAACUACACAAAAUGCUCACCGUGUCGUCUCUGGUUUGAGAACAGGAUUGAAUUGGAAAAACAUCGCCUUUCGUUCCUUCACCUGACGAGGCAGGCAACGAUAGACCAGAACAGGUUAGAGAAGGCUAUGAAAGCUAAGAAGCCAGAAGAAGCCAAAAUUCCUGAACACGAAACCUUGAAAAAAUUACAUGUUGCUGUGGAAAGGCUGAGGCUGAACCAAAGACACACUAAUGUCUUUAGUACAAAUCAAAUCCCAAUAUAUGACCCGGGUACACCAAUUGGUAUGAACUUCAUAUUCAAGAAGUCACUUUACUACUGCACUGUAUGUUCAAGCAAAUCAAUACCAUUUGCCAAUGAGACUCUUGCCCAUUUUUCUUCUCAACAACACUAUGAUAAUUAUGUUGCCCAUCUGAAGGCUGUGGAGGAAAAAAAGAGGCUUGAGAAGGCAAAACAAGAAGAAAAAAAGAAGGAAGAAGAAGAAAAUGAACAAAAAAACAAAGACAAUGAACAAAAAAACAAAGACAAUGAACAAAAAAAUAAAGAAAAUGAACAAAAAAACAAAGAAAACAAAGAUGAGGAUAAAGAUGUAGAAGAAAUGGAUCAAGAUGAAACUGACCAAGAUGAAACGGCUCCCAAAGACCAAACCAACGAAGAAGUUGAAGAUGUUGACGUUAAGGAGGAGGAAGUUGAUGUUAAGGAGGAGGAAGAGCCGGAGGAUGUGGAAAUGGUAGAUGAGGAAUUAAUUACACCUGUCACAGAAGUCAAAGAAAAAGAAGAAAUAUGUGAUAAGAAUGUAACAGAGGAAAAGGUUGAGGAGUCACAAGAGCCAGAAGAAGAGAACAAAAUACCUGAACCUGUUGAAGCCAAAAAAACAUCAGAGAAGGAGGUAACAAAUGACAGUGUUGAUGAGGCACCAGUUAAAGAGGAAGUUGCUGAGGAAGUGAAACCUCCAGAAGUUGUCGCCACACCUCGGGGUAGAAGGGGAAGAGGAGGGAGAGGAAGGGGCCGUGGGGUGAAAAAAUAGAACCCUACAUGGAUACUUCGCAUUGUAUGUGAACCAAAGUGUACUGUGCUGAUCUUGAGGAACAAGCUCUGAUGGAAGAGGUUGAAGCUGAAGGAUCUUGCAGUACUUCACCCUGAGAUGAUGCAACUUUUAAAGACAAAAAAAAAGAAAAAACAGAAGGAGAAUUUGAGGGCAUUGUAGCUGAAAGAUUGUUUUUUGUUUUCUGAAGGAGUGGUUUGUUGCUCAAUUUUUGAAUGAAGGAAAGAUUGAUUUAUUUUCUCCAGGGUCAUAUAUUAAGGAAAUGUGUUUUAGCUGGAAAUUAUCAGUAUGAUUUAAAUAAAAUAACUAAAGAAAUUAUAUUAAAACUUUUGCUUUAUAUCUUUGCAUUGAUCAUAAUACAUAUCCACUUUGAUGAGUGAACUGGAGUUACCAAGCCAGUAGUCCUCACCAGAAAGGCAGAGGAAUGUUAGUGUAAUGUGAAGCACAGCAGAGUAUAAUUAUCGAGAUAUAAGUAUAUCGCUUUACAUUUGAAAUAUAGUUCAUACAGCCCUGCUUAAAAAUUAAUAUGUAUACAUGCCUUUAUACAUACAGUAUUUGUAAGAUGCACUGUAACCUGAUUUUUCAAUGAUGUACUUUAAUAUUAAGGGCAGUUCUGAUUACACUUGUCUUUAAGAUACAGUUUUCACAUUUUCAAAUAUUCUUAUUGUCUCAAUGUCAAGAAGCAGAUGUGUGUGUGUACAAGUUAUCUGUGGUAAAGGAUAUCAACAAGAAAGCAUUAAUGGCUGAAAUUUACUUAAGAUCUUUGCAAAUUAAUUUGAUUAGGUAGUCAAACAAGAAAUGUGACCCAGUUACAGUACCCUGAUCACCUCUUAUUUUGGUUCGUCUUGUAAUACUUAAAUGUGUAUCAGAGGGAUUCUUUAGUUCUUCCCCAUCUGAAGAAGACGAAUCAUUCAAAGACCUCUCAGAAUUUUGAUAUUUGUUCUCGUUUCUUAUUUUAAAUGAUAUAUUCUUAACAAAAGCUAGUAAAGUAAAGUCAUCUCAUUGCCCUCCCCCCCCCCCUUUUUUCAAACCUAUAGCUGGAGUUGCUGCACUUGUAUGUGUCUAUGUUAAAACAUUAAUUGAAGACUAAUAGAUUCAGUAUUGCUCUUGUUUUGUAACAACUAUCCAUUGUAUUGGGUAAAACAUUGAAUUUUAUAUAUAUAUAUAUAUAUUCCAUAACAUAGGCAGAUUUAAAAUUUUCCCCCAUGGCACAUUAAAGCAUGUGCAGUACAUUACAUGUAUAAAUUGCAUGAUGCUGGAUUGAUUGAAUGUUGGUUAGCAUUUCUUGAUCAAAUGUGACACACUUCUUUUGAUUUUGUUCUCAUUUUGUUGGUCAUUGUUUUGUGGUUAGAAGUUAUAAACCAUUGACUUCACAAUGAGUCAAUCAAAAUUAAUCAGCAAGUGCUAACCAGUAUUAAAUCAGAUUUGUGUUACAGGACUGAUGUGCAUAAAUAAGUUGCCAUCAUAAUUUUGUGUGUAGCUCGGGUGCUACCAAAGACCUGUUUAGAUGCUCCCAUAAUUCCUUUACUUUCAUUAUUUUUUUUCCACUGUGCUAAAUAAAUGACAAGUAAAAGAAAAAA